UGGGAGCUUUAUUUGAAGCCCAGUAUUUUCUAUCCUAACCUACUGUUACACCAAGAUACCGCCCCUUUAUGAAAUUCGGACAACCACCAAUCCUUAAAUUUGAGUAAAUUCAUAUUUACAUAGUUGUAAAGAGUGCGCCAAUCAUGCGCCACGGACGCAGAUGGAGGCGGGACUGGGUUUGAGGUUUAGUCGAAUUUAUGUUGGCAGCACACGUCCAAUAAAAGGUUCGACGAAAGGAAAAUGCUAUUACCAUACUACUACAGGAGUUCUGGCUUGUGCGAGAAACCUUCCUGGAACGUCUCAACUACUUGUUUUUUGGAAAUGUAAUGGACUAUAAGCCCUCAGAUUCGAAAACAUCAAUAUUUGUUCUUCUUCAGGAGAGUCGCACCUGCUUGAUCCAACAUGAGGUAUUUGGAUCAGAGUUUAGUUGACUACUAUAGUACUAUCAGGGAGAAUAGCAGUUCGUAGUUUACUUGCCUCGCAUGACAGGAUAGGACCGUUAUUUGCUGAUGCGUAACUAUGGUCCAAUCUUUCGAAUACCGCCACAGACUGCACCCUUUCUGCAGCCCUGAACUGAAAUGCCUUUAGACCUGUGAUGUAUAUUAAUUGGAUGUAACCCUGUGCAUCUCGUGUCGCAUGAUCCUCAACAGCCUGCCUAUUCCCCGCGCGCGUGAAUCGUUAAAACGUGGUGAGGUGGUACGCUUUAUUUAGCCAAUCUCAACGUCUACACUGGGCAGUACUUUUGACAAACUCACAUUUGAAUGAAUUCAGCAGUAACAGUCCAGUUAUUCUGGAACCCGGACCACAUACAGCCGACUGUCUCAUUGCAUCCCGUGAAGAGACUGAUGAUGACGGAGAACAGCGAGAUGGAGACCGAGACGCAGCUCCAACGCUCGCCAAGCAACAUGUCCAUCACACCGGUGUCCAAGCUCCAGCGUCUGAAACGCUCCCUCUCCUUUAAGACCCUGAUGCGCAGUAAGAGUGUGGAGAACUUCUUCCAGAAGUCCUACAGUGACACCCGUCUCCCCCCGGACUUCAUCACCGACCCGCCACCCCCCUCCCCGCCCCCCUGCUCUCCCCUCGCCAGUGAACGCUCACCCUCCCUCUCUCCGUCACUCAGCCCCAACCCCUCCCUCUGCUCCCACUCCCCGUCUCUAAGCCCCUCCCCCUCGCUGUCUUCCAAGGCCCGCCCCCCGGCCCGCCCCGUGACGCAGGUGACCCACUGCUUCCAGGAGCACGUGUUCCGCAAGCCCACCCACUGCCAGCUCUGCAAGCACCUGAUCGUGGGUAACUCUAAACAGGGUCUUCGGUGUAAAACCUGUAAGAUGGGUGCUCACCUGUGGUGCACCUCAGAAUUGUCCCAGCAGCCCUGCAAUGGAAAGUCUGGGGUCGGGGCCUUCAAGCGGAACUUCAGCUCUCCCAUGCUGGUCAACGAACAACUGGCUGUCGUCAAAGAGGUGCAGCCCACCCAAGGGGCAGGCCGGGGGCGAGGGGUGGACCCUAUUUACGCAGCCCUGCGCUAUGGGACAUCCCUGGCACAGAUGAGCCGCUCCAGUUUCGGGAGCGUGUCCGAGUCGCCCACGCACAGCCAGGGUGAAGGAGAGGAGGGGGAGCACAGGCAGUACAGCAUGGAGGAGGAGAUGCCACAGGAGACAGGGGAUCUGCCUCAGUGUGAAAGCGAGAAGGCUGAACCUGAGGGUGGGGGCAGCGAGCAGCUCCAGGAGCCUGUAGAGGAAACCAGUGUGAAGGUUCCCAAACGUAUUGAGGUUCACUCGAUCCACACGUAUGUAGCGCUCUACAAGUUCCUGCCUCAGGAGCACCACGACCUCGGACUAGAGCCUGGUGAUCGGGUGCUGGUCACUGAUGAUUCUAAUGAAGAGUGGUGGAAGGGAAAGAGUGGAGACAAGGUGGGCUUCUUCCCUGCUAACUUCGUCCAGAGGGUGCGCCCAGGGGAGAGGGUGUGGAGGGUCACCCAGCCUGUCCCUGCCAGCCGAGGGAUGGGCCACAUGCCAGUGAAGGAGGAUCAGAUCUGUGUGGGGAAGAGUGAGGACAGUGAGGGUUUCCUGAAGCUGAGCAGUGGGAAGAAGAGAGGACUGGUCCCUGCUGAAUCCAUUGAGGAGAUCUAACCUCUGUCUCAACACCAGCCCCCGUCUCUCUCUGUCCAGCACCCUGUAACCUCCCCACACACCCCUUUAAGGCCUGAGGAGGACUAGCCAGUCCAGAGGUCCUCCAACACCACCAUUGUGAGGCCCACCACCCUGCUAAACUGAGUAGGGAGCAGGGACAGUUCAGCUUGUGAAUUCCAGGUGAUGUGGAGGAUGCCCCAGCCUUAUCCUUGCUGACCUUGUCUCCUCCACCCCAAUGUAGCUGACAACCCGGACUUGAAAGGGUUGGUUUCCCUUCCACAGUGGGUUGGCCUAGGUGUUGUGGAGGACUAUCUAAGCCCCCAAUGCCCCAUGUUUUCCUGCUGUAAUGUACCUUUGUGUAUUAGUGAACUGGGUUUGUCUUUAGUCCACACCACAGGGGUAAGAGUUUUAGGACUGAAGGACUGGCUGCUGUGGACUCCAGUAACUUCCCUCAGGAAGGAAGGAACUUUGAGACUAUUUUCUGUCUGGUGAGUCUGGUCUCUCUGUGUGUGAUUUGACCAGUUCUUUUUCACUGUCCUCUGUGGCUGGAUAUCAUGAGCCUGAAGAAUGCAGGAUUAAGGCCGUCACAUAAUAUCCAGUCAAAACGUGGCGCGCCGUUUCGCGCAUAUAUAAUGACUAAAAUGUUUGCCGUUUUUUGUUCGUUUUGGUGUUCGGCAGUUUUUUUUUGUCUGUUCGCUCACGCAACAUUUUGUAUUGGGGCAAGUUGAAGUUCGGUAGCCGACGUCUACGCCCUUUCGUCUGUAAUUGGCCAACUGUAGUGUUUUCAAAUGAAGGUCUUUAAGGGCGUUUGAGAGCACAGUCGUGCGCACACACCUAGCCGAGUUCUGCUAGGAGCAAACAGAACCUAGUAUUAGAGUACGUUACCUUCGUCAGGAGGAUGUACUUGUGUUGUGUGUGGGGGUAAUGUUCCUGGACACUGCAUGGAAGAAAACAUUUGUUCUUUCUCUGAUGAACUAGAAGUGUCACGCUCCUGAUGACAUCAUCACAGAUGGACGCCUACUCUGAUCAUAGUAAUUCAUUUCAGAGGUGACAAUGAAGGAGAUAAUUGCAUGCUGAAGGAUGUACUUGUUUGAAUGCCGGUGUCAGUGAGAUGUUCGGGAUACUGGUGAUGGUUGUAGGUGUAGGUGCUUGCAUUUUCUCUCAUCCUUUCGUUUGGUCCACCUUCUCUCUUUCUGUCGCUCUCGGUCUCUCUCUCUCUCUUUCACUAUCUCUCUUUCUCUCGUCUCUCACUCUCCUUCCCAUCUUUCUCAGCUAUCACAUUGGUCCCUUGGCUGGGAUUUGACAUCAGCUUGAUUUAGACUGGCACAAAACUUAACUGCUCUGUAAGGACGGAUGGACGGGCAGGCGGGCGACACUGGGCAGAGUACACCCUGGUCAGACCAGACAGCCAGCAGAGGACAGGACAAACUAGGUUUAUUUCGACACACACUCUCUCAGAUCCUGACUCACCGGCUGACUCACUGACAUUCGACCUUGCACUUGGAAGGUUCCAGAAGGUCAUGGACGUUAAGCCCCGUCAUUCUAUUGUACAGCUGGCGAAUCAAUCAAAGACUUCAGAAGAUUUGUUUUUCUCUGUCCUAUUUAUGAAAAAUACAAGAGAUGAAAUUAGAUUGGGGCAGUGAAUACUUACAUAAAUACUUCAAUGUUUUUUGUUCUCUCUCUCAGUAGUGUUUGAAUAGCCUAGACUGUAGAAAACAUCUAUGAAUAGAGGCAUUGCUAAAAAAAGAAACAAAUGGAGCAACAACACAAUUUUUUUAACUGCUCUAAAUUAGUUUCAAUUUUCUGGCCAAUUUAGCAGACGGGCACUGAAGAGCCGUGGAAGACUUGGGAAGUGUGUUCGUGUCUUUUGGCUCGUCUGUUUGGUCCACCACUGGUAAACAAACAACAGCCAAGAGCCAGUCGGCUGGAAAACCACAUGAACAGACCUUGUAAGUGUGACAACCGGACAUGGUCCCGCUGGUCUGAGGGACAGGGAGCGAGGGAUAUGGAGAGACGUAGACAAAAGGUUGACCCAGGUGUAGAACCAUCAUAAAUCAAUGUGUCUGUAUGCAGGUUUCUUUGUCUAUGGCUGACCAAUUCAACAUUGAUCAAAUGCCAGUCUCUCUCUCUCUCUCUCUCUCUCUCUCUCUCUCUCUCUCUCUCCAUUCCCCUCUCUCUUUCCCUCUGUCUCUCGCUCUCCAUUCCCCUCUCUCUUUCUCUCUGUCUCCGACACUAUUGGGCAUUUUUACUGCUAGUGGGAGGGGUAGCUGGACUGUUGUAUUGUACAUGUAGAUGUAAGCAAGUUUAAUGAUAGGAUAAUGGGUUGGAUUUCAAUGUUUCCAUAAUGUAUUGAUUAUUUAUUGAUUUAGACAGAUAUCUAUCUACUUGCUGAGUUGCAGCACGUAGCUGUCACACUGUUGGCAUUAAUAACAUGUCCCCUCCCGCUUCCUGUAAUAUAAGAAUACAGUAUAUACAAUAAGCCA